GGAGGAAUGGGACCUAUAAAGGAUGCAGGGUGAGCUCUGUGCCGCUUGUGGAAGGAAAGCAUCCAUCCUAGAGGGGAAGAUGGGUUCAGACAGCCGUUUGCCGGAGACCUCGGGGUCCUCCUCCCCUCCGGCACCCCCUCCGUACCUGGGAGGCGAAGGGUCCCUGGAGCUCCGGGGGUCUUUAGAUUGCUGGGCCUGUGCCGUCCUGGUCACCCUCCAGAACCUUUUGGUGGCUGGACUCAACCUGCUCCUGGUGGCACUCACCUUCGGCAUCGUCCUGCUCCCGGCCGGGGUCCUGGUCGCCUUCGGGGUCCUCUGCCACUCCAAGUUCUUACACACCCAGGCCUCCUACUGCACGGCCCACUUGCACGACUCAGCCUCGGUGGCCCUGCUGGUGGUGGGCUUCACGCUGGCCGUGCCACUCCUGGUCCUGGCCCUGGCCGCCUACUGCCGCUUGGCCCGCCGCCUCCAGCUGGGCUACUGCCUCGUCCCGUACAGCAAAGCCGUCUACAAGAACCUGCCAGCCUCCCAGUACCAUAGCUCCGGAUGCUGCUGCACGCAGGACCUCGACCCUGUGGAAAAGGUCUGGGUUUGAGGAAGGGGUGGCUACAGGGGGACGUGGGUUAGGGAUUGAGAAUGUCAAACUCUGAGGAAAUGGCUUCCCUCCCCUUCCAAAUGAAGGGGGGCUACUACAUUGUAUAUCAGACCUGUUCCCAAGCCUUGGGACUUGCUUGUGCAUACUACUGUUGUAAACGCAAGAGGUGUGACAUCCGACCAAGAGAUCUCUGGACGCAGUAAACACAAAGGAGGAAACAAGAAAUGGAAGAUUCGGCCAACUGCAUCGGUGUCAAGACUUCCUCCCAAAGCCUGCCAACAAUUCUGCUGGCAAAGACAACAGGAAAGACUUUUGUGUCGUUGUGGGGUAAAAGUAGCAACAAAUCCCUUAUGGAUGCAAAUACUCACGCCCCUGUGCCUUCCAGCCCCAUAGAAGAUAGAUCUUAAAGGCCCAGAGAACUUGUAAAGUACAAUUUUUUGUACUGGAGGUGAAUGGAUAAAUCACCCCUGCUUUUCUAUAUUCUGGGGUCUAACUGGUGGUAGUAGAUAUUAGUGCCUUUAUCUCACUUCUUCUCUUGAGCACAACUGUUAAUGCCAGAAAUGGGGGAAACAUGGCCUGUAUGCCAAAUAUGGGCCCCCAGCUUCUUGUAUUACGGUCCUCAACUGCUUUGAUCCUUUUUGUAAAACACUGCAUGUAGGUUAUUCAAGUAAAGCUGGUGAAGGCACAAAAGCAGUGCUUGGCUUCCUAAGGAGUCUCCAAAUUUAUCAAAAAUAUGCAAAGAACCUUAGUUUCAUAUGAAAGGGUUGUUUGAAAGGUGGAAGGGAAAGAGGAGGGGAUUUCGGCCCAGCAGAAAUGCCUAUGGAACUCACUGCUCCAUGAAACUGCUCUUAUAUAUGUAAGCCCUUCACUUGUAUUAUGCUAUCACCUCUUUAGCUAAUGUAUAUACCCCAAAUCCAUAUGCAGUUUGCGUGUUCAUUUCAUCUAAACAUUAUGUCAGUGAAUGGAAUUUGUACAGUUCUGUCCAUAUACAGACUAUAACUUUGUUACACA